AUUUGUUAAUUUUUUACAUGAUUUUGAGGGAAACGAGGUGAACAGCGCGUCGUGGCAGUGAAAUUUAUUUUUAAAAUUUUUCAAUUUCCUCAAAAAACAAAUAUAAAAUUACUUUUAAACUUCUGACAAGGGCAAAUGCAAUUGGCAGCAUAUUUUGGCAUUUUGUUGAUUUUUGUUAAUCAGUUUCGUCUGUGAUUUUCUGCGAUAACAAGUUAAAAAAAUUUAUUCAAAAGAUAGCAAGAUUUUGUUUUGAAUUAAGACAAUGACAUCUACGCCCCCAACACAACCCCCAUCAACGUCAAACGGUCCUGCAGCUACUGCAGCUAAUAGUACCAUAAAAUCAGCACAAAAAUCUUUAGGUUUACCAUCAAAAAUUUAUCAGGGUCUUAUUUCUAGCGCCGAUAAAUUUGUUCCUGACAAAUUAAGGCCAUUAUGGAAUCAUCCAGCAGGUCCAAAAACUGUGUUCUUCUGGGCUCCUGCAUUUAAAUGGGGUCUAGUCAUUGCUGGGUUAGGGGAUUUAGCUCGGCCUGUAGAAACUUUGUCUAUAGCUCAAUGUGGAUCAUUAGCUGCAACAGGGAUAAUCUGGUCACGUUAUUCACUAGUUAUCAUUCCAAAGAACUGGAGUUUAUUUUCUGUUAAUGUUUUUGUAGCCGCAACACAAUUAAUUCAAUUAGGUCGUGCGUAUAACCAUCAUUUGCAAACAAAAUCCUUAGAAACUAAAAAACAAGAAGAAAAUCCAAGCAAAUAAAAUUUUAAAAUUUAUAUGAAAUCGAAAUGCGAAGGAACAAUAUUUGCCAAAAAAAGUGAAAACUCACAAAAUAUUCGUUCACCCUGAUACAAAAAGGACAGUUUUAUGUAAAAAGUAAUGAAAAAAAGUAAUUUAUUAGUUUAAAUAUCAGUAAACAUUAAUUCUUUCAAAAAGGAUUUUAUAAUACAAAGCCAGAGGCUUACAACCCAUAUUUAUGUCGAUAUAUACUAUUAAUAUUAAAUAUUCGAAAAUUUAGUUAUUUUAGUAAUUUAAUGAUAAAGUAAAAAUUUAUAAGCACUAUUUCAAAUAAGUAAAAAAAAUAAUUUUUAAAUUAAAUAAAAAAACCAUCAGCACCAUUUUAAAAAAAAAUUUUGUUCAGGAUACUUUUAACUUUUAUAAGUACAUACUUAUAUUUAAUAUAAAAUAUUUAUUUAAAUAUAUUAAUAGAAGUCACAAAAAUAUUAAAAAAUUGAAAUUUAAAAUAAUAUUAAUAUAAGAGUGGCAAAGAAAUUUCGAUUCAACUAAAGUUGUUAUAUGAGUAAUUAAUUGAUUAUUUCACAUAAUAAUGUUCAUUGUAUCAAAACCAUUAAACAAAAUGAUUGGGAUUUUAAUUAAAUAAAAUUUAAAAUACAAAAUUAAAUCAUAUGCUUCGAAUUCGAUAACUUUUUAAACAGUACAUAAAAAAAAUUAAAAUUUUUACCUAGGUGAAUCUAUAGAAAAUUUAAAAGUAUAGUGUACAUAUUAUAUUGAUUAUAUAAAUUUUGUUUUAUUAAUGUAUUACAGAAAUGCUACUUUCGUACCUAUGAUUUUAUUUCAAUUAAUACUAAAAUGAUUCUUAAUAUUUUAAAGAAACAUACAUAUUAUGUAAAAAAAUCGAUUAUAUUUUAUUAUAAGAUUAAAAACUGAUUAUAAAUUGAAAUUCUUUCUAUUUUUCGAAUUUAUGUAAUUUUACCGUAGGG